AUGCAAAAACAAGAGGAGAUCACUACGCGCCUCAAAAAGAUCUUCGAUUUAUUUCUGCGCGACAACUUUUCGACAACCGACAGUGUUUACUUUGAAAAGCUCAUAACGCACCUGCAAGCAAAGGAGAAUGCAUUUGUGCUGCAGGUGCCUUUCGUCACGGAUUGGGUGGACAAGUGUCUGACUCUAAUCAGCGCCGAUUUCCAUCGAGUGCAUCCUAAAGUGAUAUCGUUUAUGCUAAAUCUAAUCAGUUUCAUGACAUCGAACGAGUGGAUGGUGCUGCGCUUGCGAGAGCUAGACAUAAUGCAUAGGGUUGUGUUCUUUAUGCAGGCGCAGGAGCGCAACUUUAACCCUUCCAUCAAGCUGAGUGGCAUCCGCGUGAUGAAGGCCGUCACAAAAUACAGCAUGGGUCUGGCAUUUCUACGCAUGCAACGUACCUGGAUGCUGCUCAUCAACUAUAGCAACAACGAGCACACGUUGUAUGUGGUGCGAGAGGCUCGAGAACUGCUAUACGAGAUGAUAUUCAAGUUUUGUGAUAAAAUGCACGACGAGGCUGUUACCCUAGAGAUUUUAGCAGAGAUCAUGAAGCCAAUACAAGAAAAUGUCUACAUAACAGAGAAUACCAGUGAAAGUGCCAGCGGCGAGGAGGAGCGCAUUCAUGUUAGUGUGGAUGAUAAUGAGCUGCUACACAAGAUCUCCUCAACGGUGGAUCUUCUAUGCUACAUACUUCAACAGACGCUUCUCAGUGAGGAGCGCACGAAGCUUGUUUCCCUUCUUCGGGAGCACCACAACAUAGAGAUAAACAUCUGGAAGCUCGUUGAGAUGACGCAUAAUACUUAUUUCAUGGAAAAGAUGCUCAGCGCGCUUUGCAGCUAUCAUUUUGCCACGCUAGUUCACGAGAAAAUAUUGAAUCCCGAUUGUGGGGAGCCGCCGGAGCAGUUUACAGAGUUUGGACUCGCGUUUUUUAAUCUCAUGAAAUUCUGCAUACAGCGCAACGAUGGAAUCAACUUUGUUAAAAUGGCAGAACUGCAUCACAUACUGUGGAAGAAGCUUGGCAAUCGGGUGCCCAAGGAAAUCAUUAUACAGGACGAACGCGUUUCAUUUGAGAAUCAAUUAAUUUGCUUUCAUAUGAUGCCUUUGCUAUUCUCAAUGAAAUUCGCCAUGAAAAUGGCCGACGAGUCGAAAAGCGAAUUAUUCGAUACGUAUAUUAUAAAACUUUUAGAAAUGUCCUGCGAGCAAACGUUGCGAUUGUGUUACGCAUUACGAGACACAUUUAUCACACCUGAAGGUCGCACCAAUUGUAAUUUGUUCACACCUGAGCUGGCCUGGAAAUGUGUGCACAGCAUUCUCUCAUUGGAACAUAUACUGGACCGCGAGCAGGCGGUCACCGUCUGUCAGGCCUUGCUGUAUGCCUUGCGUGAGGUUGUGGCCCUUAAUCAUGCCAGCACUCACACAGAGCCAGAGGAUUGCCAUGGUGCAAGUACAUCGAAUAACUAUUCCGACAUUUAUCCACGUGGCUCGGAAGUAAUUAUCAAGGAUCCUAAAGUCUUACAUUCCGUGAUGGUUGGCCUCCGUACUCUCAUCGAACGAUUCAAAAUCACGUGGAAAGAGUCUGUAGAGACAAUAGGUCUGGUUAACUGCUUAGCAUUUGUUCUGGAGAACUGCAACAUGGACCCAACAUGCACUGUCCAGGCCCUGAAGCUUGUUCAAUUGGCUGUGGAGCAUUUCCUGUCCCCUAAUAUGGCAUUGCUUGUCGAUAAUCUACAGGGUUCGGCUUUGGUUUGCCUGGGUCCGAUAAUAAUCAAGCGAAUGCACGACACCGCGUGGGAAGUGCGCGACUCUGCCCUGGAAUUGACCACAUCCAUUGCCUGUAUCUCUCGCAUAAAGUUUCCCGCAUUCCAACAAUUUCUGAUCGAUGGCAAAAUGCCAACCAUCGUUUACGAAAUGGCCAAGCAUGACAGUGAGCCAUAUGUGCGUGCCUCUGCCUACAAAUGUCUGUCGCAAAUGGUACCCAUUAAUUCUAUAUGGGAGAACGGACUUAGCCAAUUGGAUAUGGUGGAUCAUUUGCUCUACGUGCUUUAUCGUGAGAAUGAGGAUAUUGUACGCUCAGAGGCCAUAUUAACUCUUAGCAAGAUAUAUGAUCAUCGCAAGAUUCCCAGCAAAUAUAAGAAUACAUUAUUUUCAACGCUCAACUAUUGCGUGGUAGGAGAUCAUCAUUGGGAAGUCAAAGUGAAUGCCCUUUGCUUUUGGCGUAUGGAAUUCAAUCGUCAACUGAACAAUCAGGGCAUGAUCGAUGGCUCCUUUCCCACCGUCACGUUUUCCAAGGAGCACAAAAAGAUAGUCACACUAACCAGACGUGAGGUUAGGCUGCGCGUGGCUAAAGUUUUAGCGGAAGUACAACAGUACGGUUACUAUGGCAUUAUUCUUAAGUGCCUUCAAGAGGAAUAUUCCAAGGAGGUGCUGAGUCUAAUAGCGACAGGCAUCAAAGCAAUGAACGAUAAACUAAAUGAAUAUGACUUUGAGAUCAUCUUAAAUGAUAUUGAAGCGCUAACUCAGCCCAUUAACAGUCCCAGAUCUAACCCUUCAUCAACGAUUGAAGAGCCAAUGUCAGUUGAACAGGAAUUGAAGGAAAGUGAGUUAAACGUGAAUUCUGAGCAGACAGACGAUAUUAUCGAAUCUAUAUUAAAUGCACAAGACGUUCAACUAUUGGAGAAUGCAUUUAGAACUCAAAUGAAUAUCGAUAACGAGGAUACAGCGAAACGCCACAUCGAUGAAUUCUAUUAUAAACAGUUUGCAGUUUCUGUGCGUGAAUGGAAACAAGAAAUAGGUAAAUUUGAUUUGGAUAAACUAGUCAGACAACAGGAAGAGUGGUUUGAUUGUAACGAUAAUUUGGUUUGCCUUUUGGAUGACAUACUGAAUGCUAUAAAACGGGACGAUAAUAUGAUAUCAGAUUGCUAUUGAGUCAGUCAAAGUUGUCUAAUGUUUAACUAUCUAAGCAAAAAA